AUAGUACAACACAACACAACACAACAAUGCUAUCACAGACAAGUUCCCGCGUUGAAAACUUUUCUUUUUUCGUUCAUUGGUAUUUGGUACAUCUAUCUCCCUCUUAACACCCAUUACACUCUCUCUCCGCGUUAAAAAAACUAUCUGAACUUUCCUAGUUAUUACAAUUUAUUACACAACCCAUCUCUCUUUUUUGUUUCGCUUAGAUUUAGAAACACAGACUUUUCCAAAGUGCUCGUUUACCUCAAACCUCAGAAAAAUAAACAUCGAGUUAUCACUUGUUUUCUUUUGUCGGGAGACAAAAACAUUGAUCAGUUCAGCUUCUCACUUCCAUGGCUGAGGCCAGACACUACGUCCCCCCCUCUCAAUUGGAUAUUAAGCAAAUUAUUUUAGAAGCACAGCAUCGAUGGCUACGUCCGGCUGAAAUCUGUGCAAUUCUCAGUAAUCACAAGAAGUUUCUAAUUGCUUCGGAACCUGCACAUAUGCCACCAAGUGGUUCACUUUUCUUAUUUGAUCGGAAGGUGCUGAGAUACUUCAGAAAGGAUGGCCAUAACUGGAGGAAGAAAAAAGAUGGAAAAACAGUUAGAGAAGCUCACGAGAGACUAAAGGCUGGAAGCGUGGAUGUGUUGCAUUGCUACUAUGCCCAUGGAGAAGAAAAUGAAAAUUUUCGAAGACGCACAUAUUGGCUACUUGAAGAGGAACUCUCUCACAUUGUUCUCGUCCAUUAUCGACAUGUGAAGGGAACCAAGGCAAAUUUUACAUGUGCUAAAGAAAAUGAAGAAACUCUUCCUUAUGCUCAACAAACUGAUAAAAUUAUGCCCAAAACAGAGAUGGAAACUUCUUUAUCAUCUACUCUUCAUCCACAUAGUUACCAGGUUCCUUCACAAACUAUGGAUAGAAGCAUGAACAGUUCCCAAGCAUCAGAAUAUGAAGAAGCAGAAUCUGCAUUCAACAACCAUGCAAGUUCUGAGUUUUAUUCUUUCCUUGAGUUAGAAUGCCCUGUUGAGAAGAUUACACCUCAACCUGCUGAUUCUUAUUCUCCUCGGCCACUCACAAGAAAGUCUGUACCUAACAUGAACUGCAUUAUUGAAUCUGGGACAGAUGAUCAAGAGAAGUCACCUGUCAUUCCUGGGGUGAAUUAUAUCUCACUCACUCAAGACAAUAAAAUCAAAGACAUUCAUAAUUUUGGAUUGACAUAUGAAUCCCCAAAACCCCUUGGCUUUUCCUCAUGGGAAGGUAUCUUAAAAAAUAAUGCUGGAAGUCAACAUGUGCCUUUUCAGCCUUUAUUUCCUGGAACACAGCCUGACAACAUGGGAAUCAAUAGCAAAUUUUCCCAAGGACAUGAGAUAAUGGUGCCAUAUUUGACCACCAGCAUUGCUAAGCAGCAUGAGAAUGGAAGUCUCAUACAAGCUGAAGGAAAUUGGCAGGCUUAUGAUGUUGAUUCUUUACGCAUGUCCAGUUGGCCUAUAGAUAGUGCUUAUUCAGGCUCAUCAUGUGACAUAACUUGCAGCAACCGUGAGCAGGAGGUUAAUGAUGUUGAUUUGCAGAAAUCCUUGGAACAGUGUCUUCUACAUCCAUACAAACAAAACAAGGUUUUCAUGCAAAAUGAUCCUCAGGAAAAACUUUUGAAUGAAAAAGAAAAGAUAAAAUCAGACCUAGAGGCCAAUAGAAUCCUGGAUGGAAUAGAAGACACAUAUUUCACUUUUAAAAGGACUCUGUUAGAUGGAUCUCCAGCAGAAGAGGGUCUGAAGAAGCUUGACAGUUUCAACCAAUGGAUGAGUAAAGAGCUUGCAGAUGUGGAAGAGUCUAAUAAACCAUCCACUUCUGGUGGUUAUUGGGAUACAGUUGAAAGCGAAAAUGAGGUUGGCAACACAACUAUUCCUUCACAAGGGCACCUGGACACCUAUGUAUUGGAUCCAUCUGUUUCCCAUGAUCAGCUUUUUAGCAUUAUAGACUAUUCCCCAAGCUGGGCAUUUGAAGGGUCAGAAAUUAAGGUUAUUAUUUCUGGACGAUUCUUAAGAAGUCAACAUGAAGCAGAACAAGGUAAAUGGUCAUGCAUGUUUGGCGAGGUAGAAGUGCCAGCAGAGAUCAUUGCAAAAGGUGUUCUUUGUUGUCAUACUCCUCCACACAAGGCUGGGAGGGUACCUUUCUAUGUAACUUGUUCCAAUAGGUUAGCAUGUAGUGAGGUGAGAGAAUUUGAUUUCCAAGUCAACUAUACUCCAGAAGUUAACACUACAGGUGAGAAUAGAGGCAGCACUUUUGAUACUUUUAGUAUCCGAUUUGGAGAACUGUUGUCCCUGGGGCAUGCCUUUCCUCAGAAUUCAGAUUCAAUUAGUGUUAGUGAGAAAUCUCAACUGAGAAGUAAAAUCAAUUCUUUACUGAGGGAGGAGGAGGAUGAUUGGGACAAGCUACUGAAACUUACUCAAGAGGAAGAUUUUUCUCCAGAAAAUUUACAGGAGCAGCUGCUUCAAAAUCUUCUGAAAGAUAAGUUACAUGCAUGGCUCCUUCAGAAAAUAACAGAAGAGGGGAAAGGCCCUAAUAUAUUAGAUGAGGGUGGCCAAGGUGUGCUUCAUUUUGCAUCUGCUCUUGGCUAUGAUUGGGCCCUAGAACCCACAAUAGUUGCUGGUGUGAAUGUGAACUUUCGGGAUGUAAAUGGAUGGACUGCUCUUCAUUGGGCAGCAUUUUGUGGCAGGGAGCGCACAGUUGCUUUCCUCAUCUCUCUCGGCGCAGCACCUGGAGCACUGACUGAUCCAUGUCCAGAACAUCCUUCUGGUAGAACACCAGCUGACCUAGCUUCUGCAAAUGGACACAAAGGAAUUGCAGGGUAUCUUGCUGAGUCUUCACUAAGUGCACACCUCACAACUCUCGAUUUGAACAGGGACGCAGGAGAAAAUUCCGGAGCAAAAGUAGUCCAAAGAGUCCAAAACAUUGCUCAAGUUAAUGAUCUUGAUGGUUUAUCAUAUGAAUUGUCAUUGAAAGAUUCAUUGGCUGCAGUGCGUAAUGCCACCCACGCUGCAGCUCGUAUUCAUCAAGUUUUCAGAAUGCAAUCAUUUCAGAGAAAACAACUGAAGGAAUAUGAUGACAAACUUGGAUUAUCUGAUGAACGUGCUCUUUCACUUGUAAAAAUGAAUAUGAAAUCACACAAGUCUGGACCACGUGAUGAGCCUGUCCAUGCUGCUGCAGUACGAAUCCAAAACAAAUUCCGCAGUUGGAAGGGAAGAAGAGAAUUUUUAAUGAUUCGACAACGCAUAGUAAAAAUUCAGGCUCACGUGAGAGGUCACCAGGUCAGGAAAAGCUGUGGGAAGAUAAUUUGGUCCGUUGGAAUCUUGGAGAAGGUUAUUUUACGUUGGCGUCGAAAAGGUAGUGGUUUGCGUGGAUUUAAACCGGAGGCCAAUUCUGAGGGAACUAUGAUACAAGAUGUAUCUUCAACAGAUGAUGACUAUGAUGUCUUAAAAGAAGGCAGGAAGCAAACAGAGCAAAGGUUGCAGAAAGCCCUAGCUAGGGUGAAGUCAAUGGUUCAGUAUCCAGAGGCAAGAGACCAAUACCAUAGGCUGUUGAAUGUUGUAACUGAGAUCCAAGAAAAUCAGGUAAAGCAUGAGAGCAGUUAUAACAAUUCAGAAGAACCGAGAGAAUUCGGUGACCUCAACGAUCUUGAAGCAUUGUUGGACGAAGAUAUUUUCAUGCCUACAGCAACUUAGAAGUUAGCUUUCAUUGUUCAUUGUAUGACUUUGAAUUUCACAGCAGAGUUAGGUGAUCAACUGUCUCACUUUGAUUGUUAUAGUAAAUUAGCAAUCUUAAUUCUCAUUCUUUUGUUAUUAA